AUGGCCAAUACCAUGGGUGCUGAUUAUAAUCUUGGCAAACACCACCCGGUCAAAAUUGAAAGUCUUCCAAUCUCAACUCGAGAAAACCAGGACGAUAGAGAGGACAGCUAUCGCAACCUUUCCACGCCAAUUUCUACAGAGAUAGACGCAAAUCUAGUAUACAGCAUCUAUAAACUCUUCAAGGACGUGGAGUCCCCGGAGUUCGACAGUCUAUGGCAAGAAAGCCCCGGCAAGGCAUUAAGCCCGUCUGCCAAGCAGGCAGCGUCCACAUAUAGACGAACUCUCUGCCUCGGAUUAAAAGCGUUAUUGGGGCAAGUCACAAUUUCCAAUAGCCAAGACUCCAUUAACCGGACCAAUUCGUACUGGAUCAGAUGCUCUUCCGACGUAAGCAAAACAAAACUGCAACGAUUUGGCCCGGGGUUCAUUGCUGCAGCGUAUAAGGGCAACUCCGACAUUAUAUCAGAUCAUUUCCAAGGAGAUCGGCCGAAAGUGCCCCACGUCGAUAACAAACAGAGCUUCUACCGCAAUGCGCGAAAUAUGAACCUGGGUGCUUUCUUCUAUCCUUCCUCUAGCCCCUUGGCGAUUGGGGCCUUUGAAUCAGGGAUAGCGGCUGUCAAAGCGGCGUUAGUUUCUGGGGUUGCCAUUCGUGAUGACCAUGCUGCGUUCUCGAUUGAAGAUUACGAGAUUCGGCUGCGUAUAGUUGGGGUGUCCCUUGGGUGUGCGUAUGAAUUCGGUGGGCAAUUGGUUAAUGCAAUAAAUGAUGGGAGUAUGUUGCAAUGUGUUCGGACUGGGGACCAACUUACUCUUGAGGCUGCUUUGGCGUGGAGAGUUAUCAGUGGUUGUACGUCACCUAACAGUGGGUAUAUAAUCGGUAAGGAAGACUGGAGGUCUGAUGUAGCGGCUGGUAACCAUGAAAAUGGAGUUUCGGCAGCAUAUGGACCGGGUAUCAAAGACCCGUUUCACGCUUAUUUGGAGGCUAUAUUGAAGCGAGCGGAGUCUAAUCCGAGAUCUGGUGGGUAUACGAUUGCGGCCAUUGUGCUUAUGCACUUUACAGGUGUUAGAUACGGUGCAUAUGGCUAUCAUGGCACUCAUGGUGAGCCAUGCUCUGAGUGUGUUCAGAUUCUGCAAAACGUGACAAUGGAAAGUCUCGGCUGGUUUCAGCAUCUUGUGUCUACAGGAGAAAUUCGAAUUUUUGAUUGA